GCAUCUGCCAGUGGGACUUCAGUGGAAUGUGAAACCAAAUCUUUUUCAAGUUAAAGAUAGGCACCGGGGACGCCAGAAUCUGGAAGCCGGGUUUUUAAACCCCCCGUCUCUCCCUGGAAUUUCAGAGUUGGUUAUGGUCUCGGGAGCUAAUUAGCAAUUUGGCUAAAAUCUGUUCUUCCCAUGGGCGCACCAGCAAUCGCGGUGUGCACUGGGUGAACUGACACUAACAGGAUUGAAGAGCCGAUGCUGUGCCUGAUCCGGAUAAAUAGGAUUUACAAGCCCCUGGGAGCUCUAGAGAAGUCUUCAAAUGCCACAAUCAACCUCUAUUUUAAAGAAAACAAAAUAGAUGGUUCUGGGAAGUCCAUGCUGUUUCUUCAUUGAGUUUUAGAAUGAUUGAAGAUAGUGGGAAAAGAGGAAAUACCAUGGCAGAGAGAAGACAGCUGUUUGCAGAGAUGAGGGCUCAAGAUCUGGAUCGUAUCCGACUCUCCACCUACAGAACAGCAUGCAAGCUGAGAUUUGUGCAGAAGAAAUGCAAUUUGCACCUGGUGGACAUCUGGAACGUCAUCGAAGCAUUGCGGGAAAACGCUUUGAACAACCUGGACCCAAACAUAGAGCUCAACGUGGCCCGCCUGGAGGCUGUGCUCUCUACCAUUUUUUACCAGCUCAACAAACGGAUGCCAACCACCCACCAAAUUCACGUGGAGCAGUCCGUCAGUCUCCUGCUCAACUUCCUGCUCGCAGCCUUUGACCCGGAAGGCCAUGGUAAAAUCUCAGUAUUUGCUGUCAAAAUGGCUUUGGCCACAUUGUGUGGAGGGAAGAUCAUGGACAAGUUAAGAUAUAUUUUCUCAAUGAUCUCUGACUCCAGUGGAGUGAUGGUUUAUGGGAGAUAUGACCAGUUCCUUCGGGAAGUUCUCAAACUUCCCACUGCGGUUUUUGAAGGUCCUUCGUUUGGUUACACAGAACAGUCAGCCAGAUCCUGUUUCUCCCAACAGAAAAAGGUCACAUUAAAUGGCUUCUUGGACACACUCAUGUCAGACCCUCCUCCACAGUGCCUGGUCUGGCUGCCUCUUCUGCAUCGACUGGCGAAUGUAGAAAAUGUCUUCCAUCCGGUUGAGUGUUCCUACUGUCAUAGCGAGAGCAUGAUGGGAUUUCGCUACCGAUGCCAACAAUGUCACAACUACCAACUUUGCCAGGACUGUUUCUGGAGGGGCCAUGCAGGAGGUUCCCAUAGCAACCAGCACCAAAUGAAAGAGUAUACAUCAUGGAAAUCACCUGCUAAGAAGCUAACGAAUGCAUUAAGCAAGUCCCUGAGCUGUGCUUCGAGCCGAGAACCUCUGCAUCCCAUGUUCCCUGACCAGCCUGAAAAGCCACUCAACCUGGCUCACAUCGUUGAUACUUGGCCUCCAAGACCUGUGACCAGCAUGAACGACACGCUCUUCUCCCACUCGGUUCCCUCCUCAGGAAGUCCUUUCAUCACCAGGAGCUCUCCUCCCAAGGACAGUGAAGUAGAACAGAACAAAAUGCUGUCUAGGGCUGCUCCAGCCUUUCUGAAGGGCAAAGGGAUACAGUACAGUCUGAAUGUGGCAAACAGACUAGCUGAUGAACAUGUUCUCAUUGGGUUGUAUGUCAACAUGCUCCGGAACAACCCAUCAUGUAUGCUUGAGAGUUCAAACAGACUUGAUGAAGAGCACAGGCUGAUCGCCAGGUAUGCUGCACGCCUGGCAGCAGAGUCCUCCUCCUCUCCAACUCAGCAGAGGAGUGCCCCCGACAUCUCCUUCACCAUCGAUGCGAAUAAACAGCAAAGGCAGCUGAUUGCAGAGCUGGAAAACAAGAACAGAGAAAUCUUACAAGAGAUCCAGAGACUCCGGCUAGAACAUGAGCAAGCUUCUCAGCCCACACCGGAGAAGGCUCAGCAGAACCCAACCUUGCUGGCAGAACUGCGCCUCCUCAGACAGCGCAAGGACGAGCUAGAACAGAGGAUGUCUGCUCUCCAGGAGAGCCGGAGAGAGCUGAUGGUCCAGUUGGAAGGUCUCAUGAAGCUACUGAAGACCCAGGGGGCGGGCUCCCCUCGCUCCUCCCCCAGCCACACCAUCAGCAGGCCAAUCCCCAUGCCCAUCCGGUCGGCAUCUGCCUGCUCCACACCAACGCACACCCCUCAGGAUUCCCUCACCGGGGUAGGGGGAGAUGUGCAAGAGGCGUUUGCACAAAGUUCAAGAAGGAAUUUAAGGAAUGACUUGCUGGUAGCCGCAGAUUCCAUCACUAACACCAUGUCCUCUCUUGUGAAAGAACUGAAUUCAGAGGUGGCGAGUGACGCAGAAAGCACUGUGGAUUCUGAAUUUGCAAGAACUCAGUUUGAAGGUCUGGUCCCAUCACCCACCUCUGAAAAGGCUUUUCUAGCCCAAAUCCACGCCCGAAAACCCGGGUACAUUCAUGGUGGAGCUACAAGUACCAUGCACGGUGACAUUGUCCCAGAAGACGGGGACUCCUAUGUGCAACCUGAGGAUGAGAACUAUGAGAACGAGUCUGUGCGACAGCUGGAGACCGAGCUGCAGAUGGAGGAGUACCUGAGGCAGAAGCUGCAGGACGAGGCCUACCAGGUCAGCUUGCAAGGUUGAAUGCAAUAUCCUUUUCUCACUCUCCUCUCAAGCAAGCUAUAGUCAGACAGAUGAUGAAAGUUACAUGACAUCCGGUGAUGGAGAGAGCUGCACCUACAAAGAGGAGGAAGACAGCAGCGUGGCAGCAGCCUCACCCUCGCUCGGAGAGAGGAGCCACCACAUCCUGCAGCUCCAACAAGCCCCUCCCCUAAAGAUGUGUCUGAUGCCUGUAGUGCAGCUAGUUUUCUGUUCUAAGAUUUGUAGUUCAUAGGUGUGUGUUUUAGAAGGGGGGUGGGGGGACCAGACUCCUGUUCCUAGACAAUUUAUCAACUCCAUCUCCUGAAACACGGCUCAUCCCAGGUUCAAAGCAAACAUCCACAGGUUGAGAGUCCGCUGCUGUUGCACAGGACAGUAGUUAUUAACGAGCCCUUUAAACGUUUGCACACAAUGUUGAACCCGUUCAGUUUACAAAGACAAUGUCAACACUGUUUGUAGCUAGAAGUUUCAUUUCUGGAUUCUUUGAGAUUUUAACAAAGAUAGUUUUAUUAUAUACUGUAUAUUUCCACACACACACACACACACACACACACACACACACACACACACACAGCAAUUGAAGGGGGAAAACAGCAAUCUGCAAUAGGAUUUAUUCUCUGAGUGUCCAGACUCAGAACCCAGAAGCCAAGCAGGGUCCUUGGCCUGCCCAUGUCUCCAAGUCCCUCUGAGAAAUUACUUAAACCUAUCACCCAGAAUAACAGGUACUUGGGGGGGCUUAUUUCCAACUUUUGGUUGUUUUCCUUCAAAGAUACCCUAAUGAGUCAGCCAUAGAAUUUAAUGUAAAUACUUUUUCCAAGUAGAUAUCAUAUUCAAAAAGAGAGAGGGAGAGACAGCAUUCAAAUGAUAUAGACUCUAGUUUUUAAAGUCAGCACAGAUCUUCUUAAAAACUGUGAACUAUGUUUUGGAAUACUCGUUACUAACCCUGUUUAUAAACCACAGGUGCCAUAAGACCCCCCCCCAAUGGACUAGUUAUCUGCACUCCUCCAGAUCUUGCUCUCCACGUUGUAACCAUAGGAAGCAUGUCUUACCCAGUACUGCCCGUUGACAGGUUCCCUCGUCGGGUAGUUCCGAGGCCUUCAGCUUUAAAUGUAUGGGCUUAAAGUGCGCUUGCAGACAGACCUUUGCUCCCUCGCUUCCCUUUCUGAAUGUUGAUUGCCUUACCUGGCCGCCUGUUGUUCUGCAUGCAGCAUUGUGUGGUCAUGUGAGAGGAGACAGGCUCUUCUUCUGGGUGGAUACUGGGGUCCCACACUCGGUUUGAAGCUGGCGUGCGGAAAGACUGUCAAAGACAAGAGGAUAAAGCCUGCGGGCGGUCCUUCACGAGGAGACCUCAGAAGGCCCUCCCACUUAGUGAUUCUGGAGAAAAUGGAAAAGUAAUUGGCUAUUUCAAGAUCUGUUGUACAAGGAAAAGAAAAAAGUUAGACACCGGGUGGCUGUCUUAAACUAGCAGCCUCUCUGGAAUCCCUGGGUUUUUCUUCCAAAAGACAGAAGGUAACAUCGUUGCAGAACAAUGGUUCUUGGACUAUGUCCCUCAGACCAGCAAUGUGUCACCCAAAAGUCUUAGCCAUGCAGUUUUCUGGGAUCCAACACAGACCCACUGAAUCCAAAAUUCUUGGGCCUGGGCCUAGUAAUCCAUGUUUUAAUCAGUCCUCCUAGUAGUUCUGAUGCAUAAAGUUGUAGCACAGGGCCUGGAAAAGGCCUUAUCCGGGCUAGGCUGUAACUCAGUUGGUGGAGUGCUUGCCUAGCACACACACAGGCCUGGGUUCAAGCUUCCAGAGCUGUGUACACCUGGCAUGGUGACACAAGCCUCUGAUUCUAGAACUCAGGAGAUGGAGGCUGGAAAAUCAGGAGUUCAAGGCCAUCCUCAGCUGCAGUGAGUUUGAGGCUAGUCUGGGCUACAUGAAACCCUGUCUUGAAGGAGGAGGAAAAGUGUUCAGAAUAAAUGAGAAAUGUUCUAA